AUGACGUCCAACGGUGAUACGCACAUGCCUCCGCGCGGCGCUUCACCCCCCAUCGGCUCGCCGCGGUCCCUGUCCGUCUCGCUACAGGCCGCCGCUACUCUCAAUGCCGGCAUCCAGCGUGAGCACGAUGCCCCUCGUCAAUCGACGCAAGCCUCCCAACCACAGGGCUCCCAGUCGCCUACCGGCCGGAGACGAUCUGCCGUGCUCAUGAACCUCCACCUCAACGACCCUGCCCUUCCCGGCCCCGGCGAGAUGGUGGCCGAGGAACAGCCCGGUCGCCACAACCAAGCUUCGAGCCCCAACCCGAGCGCGGGUGUCUUGCCCUCCGCCAGUCCUCAGCCCAUUUCGAGCUCGCCGCACCUGAUUCAGGGCGGCGACCCCCAUCACAACCGCGCACCGAGUCUCGGUGAGCUCCACCAGGAGCUCGAGGCCGAGCAGGAAGCUCAAGUGAACCGGCUGCUGCACACCAUUAGAGAGCAGCAGCUCCAGCUCCAGCAGCUGCGCGAAGGCGGCCCCGAUGCGUCAGCCGCUGAUGACUCGGCCAUCGCCUCGGAACGCUCCCAGCACGGCACCCCCACCACCCAGCACGCCGCGCUGGCGCAGACGACACCCGUCCCCCCCGUCCCCACCGGUGGCUCCUUCUCGCGGUCUCCAGGCAUCGCCCACCACCCCCGCAGCUCCUUUGACAUGGCGAGGGCCGAUCUGCGUCGUCGAUCCAGGACCCCGAGCCGCGGGCCCUCGCCCAGACUCAGGGCGACCUCGAUCAGCGGCGAGAGUGAUCAGCUGGGACUGGGCGGCCGCGAUGAGAAUGCCUUUUACCAGGCCGAAACCCAGACGCUUGUGCGGGAGAACCAGAUGCUGCGACACCGCAUUCGAGACCUUGAACGUCAACUCGCAGAUGCCACCCCCGGCAGUCCCAGCCUCGGCAACCCCAACGAACCAGCCCAGCCGUCGAAUCUGACGCGAGCUACGUCCAUUGACGAGGAGAAACCUACGGCCUCCAUCUCCGACACGGUCACGGCGGGGGAGACGCCAAAGCAGUAG